AAUUUUUAGUUUCCUUCAUAGGCACCGACGUGACGCACGAAGAAUGCAGUGCCUUCCGCAGAAAUUGAUGGAGGCUCGCCCUGCGGCGCGCAUGCCCAAGGGUGUUGUUGCACCGUUCACCUCACUGAAUCGUAUUCAUACGCGCCAUGCAAUUGUAUUAGAGGCCGCCAUGCGUGAUACGAAGGCUGUGGCGGUCAUGGACAAGGGCGAGUUAAAUCAGUUCCCAGGCUCAGCUGGCGUCUAUGCAGUAUUCGACAAGGCUGGCGUUCUUCAAUAUAUUGGACUGACUCGCAAGGUCUCUGCAAGCGUUGCCGCGCACAUGCAAGAGCUUCCGGAUCUCACGGCGUCGAUAAAGUAUGACAUUGUGGAGGAUGCUAGUCGCGAGGGCCUGACGUCCGCUUGGAAGUCUUGGGUAGAGGAGGCGGUGACCGAGACUGGCAAUAUCCCACCUGGCAAUAUGCCAGGGGAGACCAAGUGGCAAUCACGCUCGGUGGCACGCGCCACAAAGCCAGAGAUCCGGCUCACGGCAGGCAAACCCAUCCAGGGCAUCACCAUCGAGGGUCUCAUUGACCGAAUUGUGAAGGAGAACGCGGUGGUGGCGUUCGUCAAAGGCACCAGACAGCAGCCUCAGUGCGGCUUCAGUGCGCGCAUGCUGAGCAUCUUGACCACGCUCAAGGCGGACUUUGAAGUGGUGAACGUGUUGGACGAGUACCACAACCCCGGUCUGCGGGAAGCCAUCAAGUCGUACAGCCAGUGGCCCACGAUCCCGCAGCUCUACAUCAGCGGUGAGUUUGUGGGCGGCGCGGACAUUGCGGAGCAGAUGGUGAACACUGGCGAGCUGCAGACCAUGCUGCGCCAGGCCCUGCAGAAGGCCUGAGGUACACAAGCUGGGGCAAUGCACUGCUGGGACGAAACUCAUGCGACACUUCGCGCUCAGUGCCGUUGCUGUCGCUGUCGCUGUCCUGUGGAUCUGGGGGUCGCGGCCGUAUCUUGUGGUGGUGGAGGGGUCCGGGGAGAUACCCUAAGGAAACAUGCAAUUUGCAUGCAACUAUGACAAACGCAACACGACAUCUACCGCAAGGAACUGGUUGGAGGUCUUGCCAGGUAAUGGCACCGGCUGCUGCUUUUUCUUUGCGAAGUUUGGCGGGGUUUGCCCGCUUCGGCCAUUCAAAGCGUUAUAGCAGCAGUUUUUGGAGUACCUCCCGUAUGUCGGGUGGGGGGGGGCCGGAACGGAUUGGGCGGUGUGGUCCGUGCCGGUCAGGUAGUGGCGGCUGUUUGUGUGUUUUGUGUGUCAGAUGUCCCAUGAGGGGUUCGGGGAGGUGUGCGAUGGAGAGUGGCAACUGCACAAUGCAGUUGCAAUGCACAUGGUGGAAGAUGUGAGAUUGGGAACCCUAUGGAUUUAAUUAAGUGAAGGUGAAGGUCGCGUUUUCCGUCGUGUCGUGUGUCUGCAGUACCACGAUGCGGGCAAAGGGCUGCACCUCGAGUCGAGAUUGGACUAUUUAACUCUAGGGUUGUAUGCUUGGCUGUGGCUAGUGGACGGUAUGCUUGCGUUACCGCCAACCCUUCAAAGCGUGAACCUUCGUACGCUGUGCGUGCGCAUGUGCUAUAUGUAUGUCUGUCGUUACAGGGUGGUAUAGCUUCACCAGCGGCCCCAUUUCCCGAGGCAGUUCCCUGCUCUCCCCUGCGAGAGGGGCACCCUAAUCCGUUGCUAUAUGUUGGACAAGAAGUGACGAGCCCGCCGGAGAAAUAAGGGGUGACCCAAAUGUCUGGGUAAUGUAGAUAUGCUACCUGUAGCGAGGAGUUUUCG